GCACUGCAGUCGAAGCUCUCCUCUGCGGAUCCUUCGUUCUUCAAGCGUCGAUAUGGCCGCAGUACUUGGCCGCUGCGGGAUGAUCACACGUGGUACUGCGCAGCGCUGAUAAAGACUGACGAGGUCAGGCCUGGACUAACAAAGGACGGCCUGUCUCUCCCAUCCACCACCAUGAUCCUCAAAGACGCAAAGGAGGUCAUUUCGCCGGAUGUCGUGGUGAAUCGCGCUGAGGUCGAUGACGCUCCACCCGCAUACGCCCAAUCCCCCGGUCUCUCUCCUGCAACCACCCCCUCUGACGCCAAAUCCCAGGAUGCGGGCGCGACAGAUCCCCCUCUGCCGCCUACGCCGGGCGCUCCGACUCUGCCGACAGACAUCCGCCCGACGAACUUCCUCACCCUCUCCCGCAGCAACGACUCGAUCAGCGGCUCCUUCGUCAUCGACCCGCGCAUCAAGAUCCCCACAGCGCAUCUUCCACCACUGGGCCCCGGUGAGACGGAAGAGACCCGGCGGAAUGCGUCCUUCCAAAGUGCGAACGGCUCUGUCAAGGUCGACCUCUUCGUUUUGGGAGACGACACCGUCGAACGACCAGUACUCCUCUUCGUCAAAUCGAAGAACGGCCCUGUGCAUGCCAAACUGCACGCAGCCGACACUGCUCGUCCACCAAUCCAACUGACUGCGCAGUCAUCCAACGGCCCCGUCCACGUCCAUUUCCCCCGCUCGUUCAACGGUCCCCUGACCGUCGUGACGCGCAACGGCUCGGUCAAGCCCUCGGCGCUCCUGACGAGCGAACUGACGACCUUCAGCGAGACGAACGGCGUGCGCAAGUAUUUCGUCGGCGACUUCUCGGGCUACACGGACGCAGAGGGCUGGCGGGGGGACGAGGCGCAUGUCGAGACUUCCAAUGGCAGCGUGACCCUCCGGUUCGACCACGAGCCGCCGCCUCCGGUUCCAGAGGGGAAGGGGAAGGGGUUCUUCGCCAAGCUGUCUUGGGACGAGAAGGAGACCAUCACGCCAGAUGUCGAGAACGCUCUACCCGCGUACGCUCAAUCUUCCAGUCUCUCUCAUACAAGUCUUCCUUCAGACGACAAGUCCCGCGAUGCGGCCGCGCCAGAUCUCCCUCUUCCGCGUACUCCCAGUGCUUCGACUCCACCGGCGCACAUCCGCCCCACGAACCUCUCCCGAAGCCACCAGUCGAUCAGCGACUCCUUCGUCAUCAACCCGCGUAUAAAGCUAUCCACGGCACAUCUUCCCAUACUGGGUCCCGGUGAGACAGAGGAGACUCGGCGGAAUGCGUCUUUCCACAGCUCUCCCGGUUCUGUCAACAUCGACCUCUUCAUUGUGGGAGACGACACUAUCGAACGCCCCGUCUUGUUAUUCUGCGACUCUGAUUACGGCUCUGUGCAUGUCAAGCUAGUGCAUGACCCUAUCCAACCUCCCUCUCCACUUCCUGAAGCCUGACGCACCGCUCCGCAUAUGUAGCCGACGCCGCCCGUCCGCGAAUCCACCUGAAUGCUCGGUCGGCCAAUGGCUCCUUGCAAGUCGAUUUCCCUCGCUCCUUCAACGGCCCACUGACCGUCGCGACGCAAUAUGGCUCGUUCAAGCUCUCGGCGCCUUUAACGAGCGAACUGACGACUGUCAGCGAGAUCAACGGCGUGCGGAAGUACUUCGUGGGUGAUAUCCCGCGCUCUACAGACGCAGAGGGCUGGCGGGGUGAUGAGGCGCAUGUAGAGACGGUCUAUGGGAGCUUGUCGCUGCGAUAUGAGAAUGAACUCCCAUAUCCAGUUCCGGAAGCGAUUGGGUUCUUCAGCAAGCUGUGGUGGAGUUCAUG